AUGAGUGAUAACAAAGAUUCCACAUCAGCUUCUGACAACUCGGAAGAGCCUGUCCAAGUGACCAACAAGUACGAUAGCACGCAACUGAAAAACGCCAUUGACGAUGAAGUGCGUCGAUUUUUUGGAAAGGAACGCGACUAUCAAGAAGGGCAUUUACAUACGGAUAUCAAGCUGGUGUUAGGAUAUGGCUCAUGUCUGCUGGCUGGUGCUGCAUUCCUCUUUGAGUACUAUUCUAGCUUUGAAGAAGCCAAGCCUGUAUUGUGGGUUUCUGUCAUUGUAUUCUGGAUCUUGCAAGCCAUUUCAUGGAUCUACACCACCUUUGUUGAAAAGAAUGAAAUCUUUGUUGGUUACAAGCAUGAUCCAAAGACGGGAGAUCGACAGGGCAUUGUCACGGUAUCGGCUGAUGCUCAUCGACAUUCUCCACUUUAUACCCUUACGCUUCGCUUUCAAGAUCAAGUCCAUAACAAGGUGUCUACGCACAAGGUUGAGAAGAAUGUGAAUACUUGGUUUACAGAAGAAGGUGUCCUGGUCAAAGAAGCAUUGGAUAAGGAUUUACGGGAAGGAGAUGAGGAAUUGAUUCGCAAGAUGCACAAGGAGUAG